GUCGUUCUGAUAGGUGACGUAUGAUACCCGUCGGUGGUGGCGGUGGCGGUGGCGGCGACUAUCUGCCGACCGUUCGUCGUUCGUGCUCGUUCCUGGUCGGUCAGUACGCGUAGUACGUCGACACAGUGUGUCUAGUUCGAGGUAGCUUGCACAUGAGUGUAUGCAAAUCUUCACCGUUCGCUCUCCAUCUCGCUCCGGCUCUCUCUGUCUCACGUCGUCUCUCUUCUUCACGGCGGGACAGAUUGGCUCCGCGAAGGAUGACCGACUCCGAAAUCGAGAUGCAUUACACCCCACCGACGUCGGAUACCAUCCAGACGAAACCGUUCCCAAUUCGAGGUGAACGUGCAAAUUUCGUGAAUAAACCUCAUGUAAUCGCGAUGGUUGGUCUGCCGGCUCGCGGCAAGACCUACAUAUCCAAGAAGUUGUGCCGAUACCUCAACUGGAUCGGUAUCAGCACAAAGGUUUUCAACUUGGGCGAAUAUAGGCGGCAUGCUACCACUGCCUAUCAGUGCCACGAGUUCUUCCGUCCCGACAAUAUAAAGGCUAUGGCAAUACGCACUCAGUGUGCGAAGGACGCUCUAAAUGACGUCUGCCAGUGGCUGGAGAGCGGUGACGGAGAAGUGGCCGUCUUUGACGCCACCAAUUCUACGGUCGACAGACGUCAGCUGAUACGCGAUAUCGUUGUACGCAAGAUGGGUUUCAAGCUAUUCUUCGUCGAAUCGGUGUGCAAUGAUCCAGAGAUCGUCGAGCAGAACAUUAUGGAAGUGAAAGUCAGUAGUCCGGAUUAUGCGAACAUGAAGAAGGAGGAUGUACUUGCGGACUUUAUGCUGCGAAUCGAGCAUUACCAGGAACGAUAUCAGCCGUUGGACGAGGAACGCGAGAGCGACUUGUCAUUCAUGAAAAUAUACAACACCGGCGAGAAGGUGCUGGUCCAUAAGCACGAAGGCCAUAUACAAAGUAGAAUAGUUUACUAUCUUAUGAACAUUCAUAUUGUGCCACGUACGAUUUACUUGACCAGGCAUGGUGAAAGCCUGAUGAACCUCGAGGGCAGGAUAGGCGGCGAUUCGGACUUGAGCGAGCGAGGCCAUGAAUAUGGCAAGGCAUUAGCAGAUUACAUCAGUAAUCAGAAUAUACAGGGCUUAAGAGUUUGGACUAGCUGGCUGAAAAGGACCAUUCAAACUGCGGCUGAUGUAAAGGCACCGCAAGAAAGGUGGAAGGCUCUCAGCGAAAUUGAUGCUGGUAUUUGUGAAGAAAUGACUUACGAAGAAAUUUCUUCGAAAUAUCCUACGGACUUUGCCGCGAGAGAUCAAAACAAAUUCUCCUAUCGUUAUCCAAGGGGAGAAAGUUACGAAGAUCUUGUUGCACGACUGGAGCCUGUGAUAAUGGAACUGGAACGUCAGGGUAAUGUUUUAGUUGUCAGUCAUCAAGCAGUCAUACGAUGUUUACUCGCUUAUUUUCUGGACAAGAGUGCAGAUGAAUUACCGUAUUUAGAAGUACCUUUGCAUACCAUCAUGAAAUUAACACCUGUUGCCUAUGGUUGCAAGAUGGAGCAUAUUCGACUACCGAUAGAAGCUGUGGAUACUCAUCGACCGAAACCAAAGAUCCCAGGAUAUUUGGAAGAGCGAUUCCGAGGAAAGGAGAAGGUACUAUGCACGUGAUAACAACGAAUUUUACGGCGCAGCUAUUCCCUACCGUUGAUAUACCAAGACGUUGAAGCAGCAUAAAUUCGGCAGCUGACUUCUCGCGCGCGUGAAUCGGCGCGCAUCCGAGCCCUUUUCUUCCUACAUGUGUCAAAAGCGAGACGAGGCGCGAUCGGCGCAGAUCGGAUGUAUCCUAUGAAUCCUAGAUAGGGCACAGACGCGGAAGAUCCUCCGCGACGAUGCAGAUCCUGUGGGACGGGAUGUCGGACACGGACGUACUGCGCGCGUGUGAUUUUUAUAUUUUUCGAUCGCCGUCUAAUUAGAUAGUGAGAAGAACGUAUGUGAGGAUGAUUGUUGAUGAGAAGAGGAAGAGUCUGUCAGCCCGUGUACACGUACACACGCGUCUUUUACACGACGGAUGAUUCUUUUCUCUUUUUUUUCUUUUUUCUAGACAAGCGUUCUCUGAUCAGCGCGUGCUUUGAAGUAUUUGCCGAAGAAAGGUAUUUAUAUCUUGAUAAACAAUACUUGGACGAUAGACACGUACCGUGGUUUCAAGACACAAGUCUAUAAAUCUUACUUUUAUUCGGCAGAUACGUACUUCGAAGUGCUCGCUCGCGAAUCUGAAAGUAGAUAUUUCUUUUUUACUUCCAUAUUUCAAACAUUAUCUCGGAAUUGUCGUCGGAUGCUUUUCAAAGCGACUCCGAAAUGGAUCCAAAUAUCGUAAAAUUGUGACAUUGAUAAUAAUACUCGACUACGUAAAGGUAUCGAGAUAUAAUAGUACAAUACUUUAGAUUGUGCGAUAAUACUUCCGAUCAAGCUAACGAAUACGUUACAGUUCAAUCCAUUCUAACAUGUACGUUGCGAUCUUGUAUAUUAAGUAGCUGAAUUACGUACGAAUUUCGAUAUGGAUAUGUAUCUCGAUCAUUGAGAAACAUAAUAAUAAAUAACACAUGCAAUUUUAUGAAUUAA